CUGACACCACACGCGUGUGAGUGUUCGGAUAAAAAAGUACCCCAAUGCCCUCUCUAACGAGGUGAUGUUUCGCAUUGUUUUUAAUUGCUUCUGAUGUCACGUCAGAGGAGGGGCGACGGGAGAGAGUCUACUGACAGCUCGGCGCUGAAAACAUGGUGGAGCUGCAUGGCCAUUCUGACUCCCGGGGAUAUUGUGCACCUUUCUUUUCACUGAUCAACAGGAUUUUGAAAAGUUUGGAAUCCUGAAUUCUUUCCCUUUGGGGCUGUUAAAAACAGGACUGCUCAUCUGAAAUCUACAUGGAUGUGAAUGUUCUGCAAUAAUUUGGGAGAAGAAACAGUAGCCUACGGCAUUUGGAAAUCAUAAGGUGAUAAUUUAUCCCAAAAAGUAGAGGAAAACUCAUCGGGGGUUCCAUCGUCCCCAGAAGUUUUGACAGUGUUCAUUUGUAAAUGACCCCACUUACUGUAGUUCAGGAUAAAUGCUGUUUGAAAAAUCAGCCUUCAUUUUAGCCUAGUCAGUGUUACGCCAAUCUGAUGAGCUUGAACACCUCUGCCUUUUCCUGGUUCCGUGGUGGAGCAGUGUCAUUCAGCCAUUUCACUCAAUAAUAAAUGUCCUUGAAAGUCUGUCGACUGGAUGGCAUGACUGUUGGAAGAGAGGAAGGAAUGUGUUCAUUGUAAAAGAGUGCUUGUUAAUAAGGCAGCCAUGAGCCAUCGAGACGAGGCUGAACUGGAAGAUGAGCCUGGUAGCAGCGGAGGGGAUGUGAAUGAAGCUGUAGAGGCUGACAUUGAAUGCCCUGAUGUAGAAGAAGAACAGCAUGCUGCAUCUUCUGUCCAGUUUCAGAGACCCGAUCACUCAAACUCUGGAAGCAUGAGACGUGGAAGAGUACGGCAGCAACUAAAUAGUAAUGGCCAAGAUAGUGGAGAACUUUAUCCCCAACAACAGCAGCCUUCUGUAACUCGGUACAGAAGGUUUGAUGGCACUGUCACUGGAAAUCCUGCCCGAGGGCAAAGAAAAUCACAAGAAGAACUUGAGCAGCCAACACCACACAGGGCGGCAGUUACCCGAUACAGAAGACAGGCUGAUGGAGAGGCCCGAAUCAGAGCACAGCAGCAACGACAGAGACGGCAACACCAGCAGAAAAUGGCUGAGGCAGAGGCACUGCAGCCUUCUCCCCCUUUGCCAGCUCCUGUUCAACCAUCCCAACCUAUAGAUAUAGAGUAUGAGGACAUAGAGGAUGAAGAUCGGGGUUCUGCACUUGCCAGAUCAGCAAGCACUGAAAGUGGCUUUCACAAUCACACUGAUACAGCUGAGGGUGAUAUGAUAGCCUCAGAGGCAGAAGCAGAGACAGCAUCUGGAGGGGAGGCCGUGGAAGAUGAAAAUGCUUAUGCACUGCACUACCGUCCAGAAGCUGAGGAGUACACAGAGAGUGCUGAGGCUGAGCAGCACGAAGGACCUGUUCAGGUUCAGUCUCAUCCGCCUCCACCCCCAGCAGACCCCCUUCCACACUUUCGCUCACUUGACCAUAAUGGAGAGGUCAUAAAUUCGGCCUACUCAGGCUAUGUUUAUACCCAUAGAUUAUUCCAAGGUACAGAGCAUGAGUCAAGGGAUGGAGGUGAAGGGCGAGAAGAAGAUGAAGAUGAACCCUACGCUGAACCCUAUGCUGAUUAUGGACUCCAAGAACAUGUUUAUGAAGAAAUUGGUGAUACCCCUCCGGAAGUGGAUCAUCCUCAAUCCAGAGUGGGUUUUCGUUUAUUUGAGCACAACAGCUACCGUCAGGAGGCACUGGGAGCAAGACUUCACCAUUAUGAUGAACGUUCUGAUGGCGAGUCUGAUAGCCCAGAGAAGGAAGCCGAAUUUGCACCAUACCCUCGCAUGGACAGCUAUGACCAGGAGGAAGAUAUUGAUCAGAUAGUAGCAGAAGUUAAGCAGAGCAUGAGCUCUCAGAGUCUAGACCAGGCUGCUACAGAGGACCGUCCAGAAUCGGAGCAAAACUCUUUGGAGCCAGGAAACAAGGAGCCAGGAGAAAGUCCCCCAAGGCCUACUUCGUCAAGCCCUGUUGGAGAGCAACCCCUGCAGAGACACAGCAAGGAGAAAAGGGAUGCCAUUUCUUUGGCCAUAAAGGACAUUAAAGAAGCCAUUGAGGAAGUCAAGACAAGGACCAUACGCUCCCCUUACACUCCUGAUGAGCCAAAAGAACCAAUUUGGGUUAUGAGGCAAGACAUCAGUCCGACCAGAGAAUGUGAUAACCAAAGGCAGCUAGGCGGAGAUUCUCCAGGUUCUGGUUCAGCAUCCCCUCAGGGAGCAGAGUCAUCCUCCAUUAGACAACAUCUGCAUGAUGGCAGUGAAAGUUCAGAGUCAUCUGCUAACAAAGAGUCAAGGAAAAGUUUGGCUUCGUUUCCGACUUAUGUUGAAGUUCCUGGACCUUGCGACCCUGAAGACCUUAUUGAUGGCAUCAUCUUUGCCGCCAACUACCUUGGUUCAACGCAGCUGCUGUCAGACAAAACUCCUUCCAAGAAUGUUCGAAUGAUGCAGGCUCAGGAAGCCGUCAGCAGAAUCAAGAUGGCGCAGAAAUUAGCCAAAAGCAGGAAGAAGGCUCCUGAAGGUGAAUCGCAGCCCAUGACAGAAGUGGACCUUUUCAUUUCAACUCAGAGAAUCAAAGUUCUCAAUGCAGAUUCCCAGGAAACGAUGAUGGACCAUCCUCUGAGGACCAUCUCCUACAUCGCAGACAUCGGAAACAUUGUUGUACUUAUGGCUCGUCGAAGAAUGCCACGUUCCAAUUCCCAGGAGAAUGUAGAAUCUUCACACCCCUCUCAAGAUGAGAAGAGGCAAUACAAAAUGAUCUGCCAUGUCUUUGAGUCUGAGGAUGCCCAGCUAAUUGCCCAGUCCAUUGGUCAGGCUUUCAGCGUGGCUUACCAAGAGUUUCUUAGGGCAAAUGGCAUUAAUCCAGAAGACUUGAGCCAAAAGGAGUACAGUGACCUUCUUAACACCCAAGACAUGUACAAUGACGACCUGAUCCACUUCUCCAAGUCAGAGAAUUGUAAAGAUGUGUGCAUUGACAAGCAGAAGGGAGAGAUUCUGGGCGUUGUCAUUGUGGAGUCUGGUUGGGGCUCCAUCCUGCCCACUGUAAUCAUCGCUAAUAUGAUGCACAGCGGCCCAGCAGAGAAGUCCGGACGUCUGAACAUCGGGGACCAGAUUAUGUCCAUCAAUGGGACCAGCCUGGUGGGGUUACCUCUGUCAACUUGUCAGAGCAUCAUAAAGGGUUUGAAAAACCAGUCGAGGAUUAAACUGAACAUCGUAAGAUGUCCUCCGGUUACGACAGUGCUUAUUAGAAGACCUGACCUCAGAUACCAGCUGGGCUUCAGCGUUCAGAAUGGAAUUAUCUGUAGCCUUAUGAGAGGUGGUAUAGCAGAGCGUGGAGGAGUUCGAGUUGGUCACAGGAUUAUUGAGAUCAACGGACAAAGCGUAGUGGCAACGCCCCAUGAGAAGAUUGUCCACAUUUUGUCAAAUGCGGUUGGAGAGAUUCACAUGAAGACAAUGCCAGCUGCCAUGUACAGACUGCUAACUGCCCAGGAGCAGCCCGUUUACAUCUGAGGCUGCUGCCGCCGCCGCCGUAUGUGAAGGGAUCGGCUUUGCAGCUGUGGUUGUGUUUCUAGUGCUGCAUUUUUGUGUCCGCAGUAACAUUCCUUAGGUGGUGUAUGUGUGUGUCAUUUUAUCAGAUUUCUAUUUCUUUUCCUACAGCCUGAAUUUUAGUUUGGUAUGUUGAUUCUUAGCACCAAACUGUUUGCCCCUCGGGAUAUCAUUGGACUUUGGUUGACAAUACCAAGUUGCUCCAGAGGUCAUUGCAUUAACCAAAAACCGCAUGAAAUGAAUGUUACUACUAACAACAACCAUCUCCUCUAUACAAGGGAGUCCUCGUGGUAUACAUGUGUGCAGAACACCUCCUUGGCUGUCACUUUUAGUCACUUUACAGUCCCAAUGCUACUCUAUGGUAUAAAACAAAAACUAAACCUUCCAGUCGACAGGCCGUCUGCUCUCAGCACAAUGCCUUCUGCAGGAGGCUCACUUAAAAUGGCCAGAAUGCCACAGAAGGCUCUGAUGAUCUUUUCACUUUCUGUUAUAUUAAUCCACCAAUUGACAUUUUCAUACCAGUAUGUGCUUACUGGAAGCCCUGGUUUAAUAAUAUCAGCUUCACCCUGUCAUCUCCAAGUGUGUUAUUUUAGAGCUUUGGGCAUUAUGACACUAUCUAGAAUAUGUACUGUAUGUAUGUGAUGAUAUACUGUAUGUAUUUGAAGAGUAAAAACAUCAUUAGAUAACAAACACAAAGCACUUAAACGGCCACCAUGGUGUGAUCAUUAGAUUUGCGGCACUACAGCGGGUGUACUUUAUUACGUUCCUUCAUCCCAGUUGUGCGGCUCCUGGUCUGAAGUUUACAAACCAUGAUCAUGGACUAUGGUCCAGGCCAUCAUCUCGCAGUGAGUUUAGCUGUUGCUGUUAUUUGGAAUGCGCUUUGUUACCCGUACCUGGCAUUGUGGGCAGUUCGGCAUACCACUGGCACUCAGUAGAGCCAGCUAGUCUGUGGGACUCGGUGUGUCCUGUACGGUUGUCCUGUCACUCGGGGGAGUGGGGGAUGCUACAGUCAUGCACUAAAAAUGACGUUACUUGAUCGACACAGAAUACAAGGCGAGUCUCUAUAAAAGUAUAAUUACUGUAGUAAAUCGAAGUAAAGUGCAUAUCCCGAGUUUCAAGUUUAGAAAUUUCAAGAAUUGUUAAACCGAUAACUCGUUCAGAAUCAAACCCAAGAGCAGCAUCCUGACAGCUCAUUCACAUUCAUUGAAAAUAAAAUCUCCACCAACACAUCAGAAAGCGGCGUGUCAUUUAUUUAUUUUACACUGUGUCGUGGGGUUGACCUUUCGCUAACGUGUAUCAUCACCGUGUGCCUACCUGUCACAGCGUUCUGCGUCGAUAACGUGGACAGAGCAUGUGAGCGCUAGUUAUUUUUUGCCGAUGUUAAAAAAACAAAUCUUCACUAACAGCUGAGUUUUCAACAAGGUGGUACAAAGUCUUCCUCAACAUAUUGUAUUCUUAUCCACUUUUCCCUGAGUAGUCCCAGCGUGCACUGCUAUAUGGCUGGCUGGCUCCGCACGCAUACGUAUGUGUUGGUUUCCAUCAUUACAUUUUUGAGUUGAUGGACUUAUUGACGUACAUUAAGUAAAUAUAUCGUUUGAUUUGGAGGAUGUCUUAAUGCUGUCCAAGACUGUCUUUGGUUGUAUAAAAUGUGAACCGUAUCCUUAAAGAGGUAAAUGUUUACGCAGAUACUACUGUCACUAGUAAAAAAUUAAGACAAAUAAAUUAAACGUACUACAAAUCUCUACUUACUCUGCAUGCGAUCAAAGGUCAAACCAGAGUGACUUCUAAAAGGUUCAAGAACUAAAAAAUGAACAUAUUGGAGACCAGUGCCACUUGACGUUUGACUUUUGAUUUUACAUAUUAUGGAUGGAGAAGUUGUCCAAGAUAUGAUAAAAAGAAAGCUGCGCAUUUCUUUGUCACAUCCCAGCUUCUAAUGCCUGCCUGUAUGGCUUAAGGAGAGAUUCUGUUCAAAAGAGAUGUCCUCUCUGUCAUACGAGCAGAUCAUCCUAUGUAAAACAAAUAAAAAUAUAAAUAAAUAAUCAAAGUCCGUUCUGCUGAGGGGGCAUCAAUGCCUGUGGCCAUUUGUGCAGUCCAGCCAGAUGCCAACUACUCUCUUUAAUUGAACUACUGACUUAAUGAAAUGGCGUGCACUUGACCUACAGUAACACACCCUGUCUUGUUCUUUAUAAUCGAUUUAAACGCGUGUGCAGCACUGCGUGUGAAGCUCUGCUCGUUCUCUUAAAUGCAGCCCGCACCUUCCGUCCUUCACUUGCAAUUCUUGACCACCAUGUUUGUUCACAAUUUGCAUCUUAAAAGGGCAACCUAAAUGUAUAAAGGGAGUCUCAAAAUCGGACAUGACAUCAUAAUCGAAUAUACAAUAAAUCACAUUUGUAGCCAGUGAUCAUAAUAAACCUAAAAAAUAAACAUGGCGGAAAUAUGAAGCCUUGUCGUGGAUAUAACGUUGCACCAGACUAUGGAGCAGGUGCCCUUUUCCCUACUAGACAAUUGUCACCUUCUGCGUUCUAAGGACCACCACCACUGCAUGCAAACAAAUGGAAUGAGCAACAGAUAACCAGCAAAUGUACUGGUGGUACAAAAAUAAUCAGCUUUAACCUUUAUGACUAAAUACGCACGCUAACGCAAUAUAAAUAGAUCUGCAUUUCAAUGUGUACCUGCCAUUCAGUGCAGAUCACUUUUGAAGCUUUGGCUGUUUUCACAGUUUCCAUCAUUGCUGUCGCUUUUCCAAGGCAAAGCAGAAUAUGCAACAACAAUAAAAAACACAAAAACAAAACGGCCCAAAGGUGCUGAGAGUUGAGAUGCAGUUUGCCAGCCGUGUACAACUCGGAUGGGAUGGCCUGCGCUUCUGUUCUGGCAUUGAGGAGUUUUACUGAACUUCUGCUUUCUUGCACUGCGCUCAUGCGUUACGUACAAACAGGUGACGUCCCAGUGGGCUGUUCAUAGGAGGUUGUACUUCUGUAAGUUGCAGACAGAGUGUAAAUUAUGAUAACAUGUACGUGAUUUUUUUUUUUUGGCCACAUUCAUAAUUUUUAACCCCUGUUGGUCCCAACACUGGAAUUAAUUAACACUUUCAAUAAUCUUGCGUCCUCUUCUGCAUCUCACAUGUGAUGGCUAGUAAUAAGUUGGAAAAAAAACUGCAAAGGUACCAACAAUGAUGUGGUGAAGCGCACAGUGGAAUUACAGAAACGACGACGACAGUGGCAGUGGCAAGAAGCCUGGUCAGCAGCUCGAGUUACCACUGCAGGAAUGGCCUGCUGUUACAUUUGGACAUCAAUGGAGGCAUGUUUGUAACUGGGAAAAGUGGACAUCUGAAAGCUGGCACUGGAUGUGGGAUGAGUUUCUUUGCGACUUCUAAGGUGGCAUCACAGUUGCCCGCUGCUGCCAUAGUGAAGGGCAGUCCUUUACUGAUUUGCUAAUCGAUUCUCAUCUCUGCCAUUUCCCGGAGUGGCAGACGUCUUACAACUGAUAAGUGAAAUGCUUUUUAAAACAGAACGUCGUUACUGCAGCCCCCCAGCUCAAUGAGUCUCUCACAUCCUGACAGCUGUCCAGUGCAGCACAUUAGACUGGUGAAGCGUAUUAUUCAGCCAUAGCGUUACUCCACCGCACACAUUUUCAGGAGACUGGUGAAGUGGUCUUCUGGGGCCUACAAUAUUAAUAUUCAGGCCUGAGUUGAGUAAAGGUGUGGAUAAAAGACUCUGGGAAAUGAUGGCCUUGGGCUGAGUGGGCACCUUAGGAUAACACAAGUUGGGUUUGGGGUCUGUAGCCUGUGAUUUGGAGUUCAGUGCUGUGUUCACAUACUGUGUGUUAUGCCCUUUGACAUUAAAGCAGUUAAAAUGAUGUUGAAUAUUUGGUUAUCAAACAAACAGGAGGUGACCACCACUGAUUAGUGCGGGUGAGACCUGAGGGUUUCUUUCUCAAAUCCCAUGUGUCCUUACUCUCCAUUUCUUCCUGUAUUGUGUAUUUAAAUGUCUACAUGAAUGCACCACAGCAAGGAGCAGACAAGAAGGGCAUCAAAAGGACUUGCGAUUUGCUGUUACUUCUUGAUGACUUUUACCUUUCAGCGUGGGAUACGCAGGGUGCUUCUGAGCUUAGCACCAGACUGUCAUACUCCAUUUUAGCAGUCUAUACUAUACUUCAAUUUUUGAGGUGAUUGUUAAGUAUAUAUAAAUAUAUAUAUAUAUACACACACAAUAUAUAUAUAUUGAUUUUCCUUAUAAAAGUUAAAGUUGGCCUUAAUUUAUUUCUUUUUCAUUUUAAAUGAACAAUGUUUUCAGCAUGACUUGAUCAUGGCGUAUGAAGAAUCAUGACUCAUGCCGACUAAUCCGCUGUCGUAGAGGUUGCUUUCACGUAGACCAACAGAAUCUCGAUAUUUUCUAACGCGCCCCCGUAAGGCUCGACCUGACAAUGAUUGUUUAAGAGCGCGGUGUAUAUUUAGCAAAUGCUCGACAUUUUUCCAUUGGUUUGUGAAGGGGUGCAAUAGAAAACCUUGGGAGGAGUAUUGUACUGUAAUAAAAGUGGUUUUUUGUAAAACACUUCAGUUGGUGAUGGCUGUCAGUAUGGCAACUCUAGUGUCAAUAAUGCACUUCUGAAUGUAAUUUAUCUUAACUUUGUUUGUCAUAAUGUCUAAAAAAAUUCUAUGUAAAGCAACAGCAGUGUUUAUUUAUUUGCUAGCUUUUUUGUGAUGUUACAAUUACUAAGCGACAUUCCUUUAACAGAGCAAGAACGUUUGUAACAUUAUUUACAACAAUAAAUUACUUGCAGAAGGA